AUGAAAUCAACGACAACUGAAAGAAUAAUGACGUCAAAUACAACAGUGACUAACCAAAUAAACAUCGAUAUAGUAAACAUAUCAAAUGCAAUUGAAUAUGCAUUAUCGUAUAACAUAUCGGAUAAAUAUAUAUAUAUAACGCCGUCGGCACCAUUAAUAGAUAAUUUAACGACAACAACAAAGAACAUAACAAAUACAACUGGUCCAACUGCAUCUACUCAAACCACUCCAUCCACCGCAUCAACCACAACAACAACCAUAAACACCAAUCCAAACAUAACCACCAUCACUCUACCCACAAUACCCUACACAUCUAUCAACACGUCCACAACAACAUCAACCAGCAUCACAACUACACCUUCCACACUCAACGCAAACACUCUUACAACAACCUUCAACACCGCAACCGCAAACGCUACCGCAAUCGCAACCACAACCACAACCACAACCACAAACACCACUCCUCUCACAAUCACACUCAACGCCACAACAACUUCAAUCACACCAACAUCACAAUCUGCACCAAUCAAUGCAAGCACAACAACAACUCAAACUCAAACUACAACAAACAUCACAACUACAACUGGUCCAACUGCAUCUACUCAAACCACUCCAUCCACCGCAUCAACCACAACCACAACCAUAACAACCAAUCCAAGCAUAACCACCAUCACUCUACCCACAACACCCUACACAUCUAUCAACACGUCCACAACAACAUCAACCAGCAUCACAACUACACCUUCCACACUCAACGCUACCACUCUCCCAACAACCCUCAACACCGCAAAUGCAAACGCUACCGCAACCGCAACCACAACCACAACCACAAACACCACUCCUCUCACAAUCACACUCAACGCCACAACAACUUCCAUCACACCAGCAUCACAAUCUGCACCAAUCAAUACAAGCACAACAACAACUCAAACUCAAACUAGCACAAACAUCACCACUACAACUGGUCCAACUGCAUCUGCUGAAACUACUCCAUCCACCACAUCAACCGCAAUCACAACCACAACCACAACCACCAAUCCAAACAUAACCACCAUCACUCAACCCACAACACCCUACACAUCUAUCAACACGUCCACAACAACAUCCACCAGCACCACAACUACACCUUCCACACUCAACGCUACCACUCUCCCAACAACCCUCAACACCGCAACCGCAAACGCUACCGCAACCGCAACCACAACCACAACCACAACCACAAACACCACUCCUCUCACAAUCACACUCAACGCCACAACAACUUCCAUCACACCAGCAUCACAAUCUGCACCAAUCAAUACAAGAACAACAACAACUCAAACUCAAACUACAACAAACAUCACAACUACAACUGGUCCAACUGCAUCUACUCAAACCACUCCAUCCACCGCAUCAACCACAAUCACAACCACAAACACAACCACCAAUCCAAACAUAACCACCAUCACUCUACCCACAACACCCUACACAUCUAUCAACACGUCCACAACAACAUCAACCAGCACCACAACUACACCUUCCACACUCAACGCUACCACUCUCCCAACAACCCUCAACACCGCAACCGCAAACGCUACCGCAACCGCAACCACAACCACAACCACAACCACAAACACCACUCCUCUCACAAUCACACUCAACGCCACAACAACUUCCAUCACACCAGCAUCACAAUCUGCACCAAUCAAUGCAAGCACAACAACAACUCAAACUCAAACUAGCACAAACAUCACCACUACAACUGGUCCAACUGCAUCUACUCAAACCACUCCAUCCACCGCAUCAACCACAACCACAACCACAAACACAACCACCAAUCCAAACAUAACCACCAUCACUCUACCCACAACACCCUACACAUCUAUCAACACGUCCACAACAACAUCAACCAGCAUCACAACUACACCUUCCACACUCAACGCAAACACUCUUACAACAACCCUCAACACCGCAACCGCAAACGCUACCGCUACCGCAACCACAACCACAACCACAACCACAAACACCACUCCUCUCACAAUCACACUCAACGCCACAACAACUUCCAUCACACCAGCAUCACAAUCUGCACCAAUCAAUACAAGCACAACAACAACUCAAACUCAAACUAGCACAAACAUCACCACUACAACUGGUCCAACUGCAUCUACUGAAACUACACCAUCCACCACAUCAACCGCAAUCACAACCACAACCACAACCACCAAUCCAAACAUAACCACCAUCACUCUACCCACAACACCCUACACAUCUAUCAACACGUCCACAACAACAUCAACCAGCAUCACAACUACACCUUCCACACUCAACGCUACCACUCUCCCAACAACCCUCAACACCGCAACCGCAAACGCUACCGCAACCGCAACCACAACCACAAACACCACUCCUCUCACAAUCACACUCAACGCCACAACAACUUCCAUCACACCAGCAUCACAAUCUGCACCAAUCAAUACAAGCACAACAACAACUCAAACUCAAACUACAACAAACAUCACAACUACAACUGGUCCAACUGCAUCUACUGAAACUACUCCAUCCACCACAUCAACCGCAAUCACAACCACAAACACAACCACCAAUCCAAACAUAACCACCAUCACUCUACCCACAACACCCUACACAUCUAUCAACACGUCCACAACAACAUCAACCAGCAUCACAACUACACCUUCCACACUCAACGCUACCACUCUCCCAACAACCCUCAACACCGCAACCGCAAACGCUACCGCUACCGCAACCACAACCACAAACACCACUCCUCUCACAAUCACACUCAACGCCACAACAACUUCCAUCACACCAGCAUCACAAUCUGCACCAAUCAAUACAAGCACAACAACAACUCAAACUCAAACUACAACAAACAUCACAACUACAACUGGUCCAACUGCAUCUACUCAAACCACUCCAUCCACCGCAUCAACCACAAUCACAACCACAAACACAACCACCAAUCCAAACAUAACCACCAUCACUCUACCCACAACACCCUACACAUCUAUCAACACGUCCACAACAACAUCAACCAGCAUCACAACUACACCUUCCACACUCAACGCUACAUUAACAUCCAUCACACCAGCAUCACAAUCUGCACCAAUCAAUUCCAACGCAUCUCAAACUUCAAUUCACCUUAGUACUGCAACUUUUUCUACUCUCUCUACAUCAGUUCUCGUUAGUACAUCAUUUUCUCUUCCCAAUAAUUUUUCGGGGGAAAUUAUACCUACUACUCCUGCUCCUCCUACUAAUACUACGACUACUACUCAGUCAACGACAAAACCAACAACAGUAACAGCACAACCGCAGGUAGACGUGUUAUCGACGACGACGACGACUACAACGACAACAAAAUCGUCUGACACAACAACACCAACCUAUGAUGGAGUACCUACAUACAGUUUUGUUGAAUUUUCUCUGACAACGAGACCGUCAACAGCAAUCGCACCGGUUAUGCUACCACUCGUUUCUACUAAAUUCAAUGUUAAAUCAAAUUUAUAUAAUCAAGUUAAUGAUACACCAGUUGAAUGGAUUGAAGAAUAUGCCAAUACAAGUUCACCUGGUUAUGCUAAUUUAAAAUCAAAAUAUUGUGAUUUAUUAACAUACUACUUAAAACAAGGUGAUAGUAAUGCAGCAGAUGGUGCAAGUUGUGAACAAGUGACUUUUACACCAGUAACUAGUACUAGACCAGAUGGUACAGUGGUACGAACUGUAAAAGGUGAUUCAACGAUUAAUGUACCGACAACAACAGGAACACAAUUAACGGGUAAUCAACUUUAUGGAUUAUUUAUAAAUGGAUAUAAUAAAACUAGUACAGCACCAUCAUCUAUUAAACUAAAUGCAUUAGAUGUUCAACGCACUUCAGGUACAGUUACAUGUUCACAAUUUACUAAUCCAUGUGGAGAACAUGCUACAUGCCGUGAUUCUCCUCCAGGAAUUACUUGCUUUUGUAAUUCUAUGUGGAAAGAUAUGAAUCCAAAUGAUCCUGGAAAACAAUGUGCUUUACAUCCAGCUGCAAUUGCAUUAAUUGUUUUAGCAUCAUUACUAUUACUGGCUGCAUUGAUCUUAUUACUUAUUUGUUUAUUACGUAGACGUCGACGAAGGAAUAGUUCCAUUCUAGCAUCAACAGAUUUAGCAACAUUGAAUAAGCUAAAAGAAACUAAAUCAUGGAGAUCAAAGUUAGAUAAAAAUAAAAUUCAACUUGAUGGAGAUCAGUCCAUUUCAAUGGCUCGUGCUUCAGUGACAGAUAGCCCAAUAGCAUUAACAUCUAUUCCAGCGUCGCCAGUUCCACUAACAGGUUUACCAAUGCCACUUACUCCAACAGCGAGUAACAUGAUUGACGGUCUUCCACAAAGAGUUGGAAGUGCAUUGCCUCUUACAGGAACUGCCCUCCCCUUGUCUGCGCUCAGAGGUAGUAUGCCGAUUAACGGCAUUCAACAAAUUCCAGCAUCGCCAGUUCCACUAACAGGUUUACCAAUGCCACUUACUCCAACAGCGAGUAACAUGAUUGACGGUCUUCCACAAAGAGUUGGAAGGCUAAUUCAACCAACAGGUUUACCAAUGCCACUUACUCCAGUAGGAAGUAACAUGACUGGUGGUCUUCAAAAAAUAGUUGGAACGCCAGCUGUAUUGGUAGGGUCAACACUGCCUCUCACCUCAAUGAAUAAGAUGAUGCCUAGUGAUAUGUCAAGAUUGGCAACAGCAGUCCCUGCAGCUCAAAUGUUAACAACAAACAUGCAAAUUCCUAAAUCUCCAGUUAUAACCAACAUGUUAACCAAUGCAUCAGGAAGUUUACUGCAGAAUUCUAUGAUUCCUUCAACAACAAUUCCACAGAAUAAUCUAUCAACCAAUUCGAAUAUUUUCAAUUUUGAAAAUUUAGAUAAAAUUUGA